CCGGCGCGCGCAAAGCGUGGGGCGCCAGCUCGCCGCCGGAGCUGUCCCCGGGACUUAGUGCUGAAGUAGUAAGCGCCGACGAACCAGGCGCCUGGUGCGGUGGCCAGAGAAGACCAUGGCGUUCAUGGUGAAGUCCAUGGUGGGUGGCCAACUGAAGAACCUCACCGGGAGCCUGGGGGGCGGCGAGGACAAGGGGGAUGGAGACAAGUCCGCAGCCGAAGCACAGGGCAUGAGCCGAGAAGAGUAUGAGGAGUAUCAGAAGCAACUGGUGGAGGAGAAGAUGGAGCGAGAUGCACAGUUCACACAGAGGAAGGCAGAACGGGCCACACUGCGGAGUCACUUCAGAGACAAAUACCGUCUGCCCAAGAACGAGACAGAUGAAAGCCAGAUCCAGCUGGCAGGCGGAGAUGUGGAGCUGCCUCGGGAGCUGGCCAAGAUGAUUGAGGAGGACACAGAGGAAGAAGAGGAUAAGGCCUCUGUGCUCGGGCAGCUGGCCAGCCUCCCCGGCUUGGAUCUCAGCUCACUCAAGGACAAGGCCCAGACUACACUAGGAGACCUCAAGCAAUCAGCUGAGAAGUGCCAUAUCAUGUGACCACUUUCCCCUGGGGUUGCCUUUGGGAUGGCUAGAGAGGGGCUGAUGCCAUGUGAGGGCUAAGAGAGUGUCUCAACUUCCACAUGCCUCCACUCCACUUUGGCCUUUGUUUCCCCUGCACUCCCCUAGCCUCAGAACCUUCUGGUCUGUGUCCAGCUCUGGCUCUGAUCUCUCCCUCUCUAUUGCCAGCAAAAUUCCCAUUCUCUCCUCUCCCUCCUUCUCC